AUGGCUGACCAGAAUGCCCCCAACAGCCACCUGCGGUUAGAGUGGGUCUAUGGCUACCGGGGUCACCAGUGCCGCAACAACCUCUACUACACGGCGGCUAAGGAGAUCGUCUACUUCGUGGCGGGGGUCGGCGUGGUCUACAGCCCCCGGGAGCACCGGCAGAAAUUCUACCUGGGGCACCAGGACGACAUAAUCAGCCUUGCUUUGCAUCCUGAACGAGUGUUGGUGGCAACAGGUCAAGUUGGAAAAGAACCAUAUAUCUGUGUUUGGGACUCAUACACUGUGCAGACUAUAUCAAUACUGAAAGAUGUUCACACACAUGGUAUAGCUUGCUUGGCAUUUGACUUAGAUGGGCAGCGUUUGGUCUCAGUGGGUCUGGAUUCAAAAAAUACAAUAUGCGUGUGGGACUGGAGAAAAGGAAAAAUGUUAUCGAUGGCUCCUGGUCAUACAGACAGGAUAUUUGAUAUUUCUUGGGAUUUGUACCAACCAAACAAACUAGUCAGCUGUGGUGUAAAACAUAUUAAGUUCUGGAGCUUGUGUGGCAAUUCGUUGACACCAAAGCGUGGUGUUUUUGGCAAGACUGGUGAUCUCCAAACUAUACUUUGCCUAGCCUGUGCAAGAGAUGAAGUGACACAUUCUGGUGCACUUAAUGGAGAUAUAUAUGUAUGGAAAGGAAUUAAUCUCAUACGGACAAUACAAGGAGCACAUGCUGCAGGAAUUUUCAGCAUGAAUGCAUGUGAGGAGGGUUUUGCCACUGGUGGCAGGGAUGGCUGUGUUCGUCUAUGGGAUUUAAAUUUUAAACCAAUUACUGUGAUUGAUCUCAGGGAGACAGACCAGGGAUAUAAAGGUCUGUCUGUAAGAAGUGUUUGCUGGCGAGGAGACCAUAUUCUAGUUGGGACACAAGACAGUGAAAUUUUUGAGAUUGUUGUGCAUGAACGCAAUAAGCCUUUCCUGAUCAUGCAGGGGCACUGUGAAGGAGAGCUAUGGGCUCUGGCAGUCCAUCCUACAAAACCGUUGGCCAUGACUGGAAGUGAUGACCGAUCAGUCAGAAUUUGGAGCUUAAUAGACCAUGCAUUGAUUGCACGGUGCAAUAUGGAAGAACCAAUUCGCUGUGCAGCUGUUAGUACUGAUGGAAUCCAUCUUGCACUUGGAAUGAAGGAUGGCUCUUUCACUGUACUUCGAGUCAGGGAUAUGACAGAGGUUGUUCAUAUUAAAGACAGGAAAGAAGCCAUUCAUGAAUUAAAAUAUUCACCAGAUGGGACUUUUCUUGCGGUUGGCUCCAAUGACAGCUCUGUUGAUAUUUAUGGUGUUGUUCAGCGGUACAAAAAAGUUGGGGAAUGUGUUGGAUCUGUAAGUUUCAUCACUCAUAUGGACUGGUCUUCAGACAGUAAAUAUUUACAGACCAAUGAUGGCAGUGGGAAAAGACUUUUUUACAAGAUGCCAAGUGGAAAAGAAGUAACAAAUAAAGAAGAAUUAAAAGGCGUCCAAUGGGCUUCAUGGACGUGUGUUUAUGGCCUUGAAGUUAAUGGAAUCUGGCCCAAAUAUUCAGAUAUCAAUGAUAUCAAUUCUGUAGAUGGAAAUUUUAAUGGUCAAGUUUUGGUUACAGCUGAUGACUAUGGAAUAGUAAAACUAUUCCGGUAUCCUUGUUUAAGAAAAGGAGCAAAGUUUAAAAAAUAUCUUGGGCAUUCAGCUCAUGUGACAAAUGUCAGAUGGUCACAUGAUCAUCAGUGGGUUGUUUCUAUUGGUGGAGCUGAUCAUUCUGUCUUCCAGUGGAAAUUCAUUCCUGAACGGAAGCUGAAGGAUGCUAUUCACAUAGCACCCCAAGAAAGUCUGGUUGAUUCUAACAGUGAUGAAUCAGAUUCAGAUCAAUCUGAUGUUCCAGAGCUAGACUCUGAAAUUGAACAAGAGACUCAGAUCACAUACCGUCGACAGGUUUACAAAGAAGAUCUACCUCAGCUUAAAGAGCAAUGCAAAGAAAAACGAAAAAGUGCAGCUUCUAAAAGAAGAGAGAGAGCUCCAGGGAACAGUAUAAGAUUACACUUUGUCCAUGGUUACAGAGGUUAUGAUUGUCGGAGUAAUCUAUUUUACACUCAGACUGGUGAAAUUGUAUACCAUGUUGCAGCAGUGGGCGUAGUAUACAAUCGGCAGCAGAACACGCAGCGCUUUUAUCUGGGUCAUGAUGAUGACAUUCUUUGCCUUGCUAUUCAUCCCUUAAAGGACUACGUGGCAACAGGCCAGGUUGGUCGGGAUUCCUCAAUACACAUUUGGGAUACAGAGACAAUCAAACCACUGUCAGUAUUAAAGGGCUAUCACCAGUAUGGCGUUUGUGCUGUUGAUUUUUCAGCGGAUGGCAAACGCUUGGCUUCUGUUGGCAUAGAUGACAAUCAUACUAUUGUGCUCUGGGACUGGAAAAAAGGAGAGAAGCUUUCAGCAGUAAGAGGAAGCAAAGAUAAGAUUUUUGUUGUUAAAAUUAAUCCUUAUAUGCCUGAUAAACUGAUAACAGCUGGAAUUAAACACAUGAAAUUCUGGCGUAGAGCAGGGGGAGGACUGAUUGGGAGAAAGGGCUGCAUAGGUGCAAUGGGAAGAACUGAUACAAUGAUGUGUGCAGUAUACGGCUGGACUGAAGAGAUGGCAUUCUCUGGAACUUCCACUGGGGAUGUGUGUAUCUGGAGAGAUUUGUUUCUCAUAAAAACUGUCAAAGCACAUGAUGGUCCAGUAUUUAGCAUGCAUGCAUUAGAAAAAGGAUUUGUAACUGGUGGAAAGGAUGGGGUAGUGGCUCUCUGGGAUGACACCUUUGAACGCUGUCUCAAAACCUAUGCCAUCAAACGAGCUGCUUUGGCCCCUGGCUCUAAAGGUCUCCUCUUAGAAGACAACCCUUCUAUACGUGCCAUAUCGUUAGGACAUGGUCAUAUUUUAGUGGGCACAAAGAAUGGGGAAAUACUGGAGGUGGAUAAAAGUGGACCAAUAACUCUUCUGGUUCAGGGUCACAUGGAAGGGGAAGUUUGGGGUCUAGCCACCCAUCCUCAUUUACCUAUUUGUGCCACUGUAAGUGAUGACAAAACCUUAAGAAUAUGGGAUCUAUCUCCUAGCCAUUGUAUGUUAGCUGUUCGCAAAUUGAAAAAGGGGGGCAGAUGUUGCUGCUUUUCUCCUGAUGGAAAGGCAUUGGCUGUAGGUCUCAAUGAUGGAAGUUUCUUGAUGGUGAAUGCAGACACUCUGGAGGAUCUAGUCUCCUUCCACCACAGGAAGGAUGUUAUUUCAGAGAUUAGAUUUUCUCCUGGUGCUGGAAAAUACUUAGCAGUGGCAUCAUGUGACAGCUUUGUAGACAUCUACAAUGUAAUGAGCAGUAAGCGAGUAGGAAUCUGCAAGGGCGCCUCCAGUUACAUAACACACAUGGACUGGGACAUCAGAGGGAAGCUUUUACAAGUCAACACUGGUGCUAAAGAGCAGCUGUUCUUUGAAGCUCCUCGUGGGAAAAGACAGACAAUUCCCAGUUUGGAGGUUGAAAAGAUUGGCUGGGCAUCGUGGACAAGUGUUCUGGGCUCUUGCUGUGAGGGAAUCUGGCCAAUAAUUGGGGAAGUCACAGAUGUAACUGCUUCAUGCCUCACCAGUGAUAGUAAAGUCUUGGCCACAGGAGAUGAUUUUGGGUUUGUGAAACUUUUCCGAUUCCCUGCUAAAGGAAAGUUUGGAAAAUUUAAGAGGUAUGUGGCCCAUAGUACGCAUGUAACAAAUGUUCGUUGGACUCAUGAGGACAGUUUGUUGGUCACUGUCGGUGGGGCAGACACCUCUCUAAUGCUGUGGACCUAUGAGAUGGAGGGACAUCGAGAGAGCAGGCAGUGUGAUAGUGAAGAAUCUGAUCUAGAUUCUGAGGAAGAUGGAGGUUAUGACAGUGAUGUGACACGAGAAAAUGAAAUUAAUUACACCAUCAAAGCCUUAUCAACAAACAUCAGACCAAUGUUUGGAAUUAAGCCUCAUCUGCAACAAAAGGAGCCAUCACUAGAUGAAAGGCAAGGGGUAGUAAGAGGUUCCAGACCACCAGUUAGUAGGGCACUGCCACAGCCUGAAAAACUUCAGACAAAUAACGUUGGCAAAAAAAAGAGACCAAUAGAGGAUCUAGUAUUGGAGCUGGUAUUUGGGUACCGAGGCAAGGACUGCAGGAACAAUGUUCACUAUCUGAAUGAUGGUGCUGAUAUAAUUUAUCAUACUGCAUCUGUUGGGAUUCUAUAUAACGUGGCAACAGGCUCUCAGUCUUUUUACCAGGAACAUAAUGAUGAUAUUCUGUGCCUCACUGUAAAUCAGCACCCCAAGUUUACCAACCUUGUGGCAACUGGCCAAGUAGGAGACUCAGCAGAUAUGUCAGCUACAGCUCCUUCUAUCCACGUGUGGGAUGCAAUGAACAAACAGACACUAUCUGUACUGCGAUGCUACCAUUCAAAGGGAGUUUGUUCAGUCAGUUUCAGUGCCACUGGCAAACUUCUCCUCUCUGUAGGGCUGGAUCCUGAACACACCAUUACCAUUUGGAAGUGGCAGGAAGGUGCCAAAAUUGCCAGCAGAACUGGUCAUAACCAACGUAUAUUUGUAGCAGAAUUCAGACCGGAUUCAGAUACCCAGUUUGUUUCAGUGGGAGUAAAACAUGUGAGGUUCUGGACCCUUGCUGGAAGAGCUCUUCUCAGUAAAAAAGGGCUACUGAGUUCAAUAGAAGAUGCCCGGAUGCAGACCAUGCUAUCUGUAGCUUUUGGAGCUAAUAACUUGACAUUUACAGGUACCAUCAGUGGAGAUGUUUGUGUUUGGAAAGAUCAUGUAUUGAUACGAAUUGUGGCCAAAGCUCACAAUGGGCCUGUAUUCACAAUGUACACUACGCUAAGAGAUGGUCUAAUCGUAACAGGAGGCAAAGAAAGACCAUCAAAGGAAGGAGGGGCUGUUAAACUAUGGGAUCAGGAGCUGAAGCGAUGUCGUGCCUUCAGAUUGGAAACUGGACAGAUGACUGACUGUGUUCGUUCUGUGUGUAGAGGCAAAGGGAAAAUUCUUGUUGGGACAAGGAAUGCUGAAAUAAUUGAAGUUGGAGAGAAAAAUGCAGCAUGUAACAUUCUAAUUAAUGGUCAUAUGGAUGGACCUAUCUGGGGACUGGCUACACAUCCUUCAAGAGAUUUUUUCCUUUCUGCUGCAGAAGAUGGGACAGUGAGACUCUGGGACAUUGCUGAAAAGAAGAUGCUGAACAAAGUCAGUUUGGGACAUGCAGCUCGGACUGUUUCUUACAGCCCCGAGGGGGACAUGGUGGCUAUUGGCAUGAAAAAUGGAGAAUUUAUUAUCUUGCUGGUGACCUCUCUAAAAAUAUGGGGGAAAAAAAGGGACAGAAGAUCUGCUAUCCAAGACAUAAGGUUCAGUCCAGAUUCUCGUUACUUAGCAGUGGGUACUAGUGAGAAUGCAGUGGAUUUUUAUGACUUGACAUUGGGCCCCACGCUAAAUCGAGUUAGCUACUGCAAAGAUAUCCCAAGCUUUGUUAUCCAGAUGGACUUCUCUGCAGAUAGCCGUUUUCUCCAGGUCUCUACUGGGUCUUACAAAAGACAGGUCUAUGAAGUGCCUUCGGGAAAACAGCUUAUGGACCAGGCAGUGAUUGACAGAAUAACAUGGGCCACUUGGACCAGUAUUCUAGGGGAUGAAGUAGUUGGAAUCUGGUCCAGGCAUGCUGAGAAAGCUGAUGUGAACUGUGCCUGUGUCUCUCACUCUGGAAUCAGCCUUGUAACAGGCGAUGACUUUGGCAUGGUCAAGCUGUUUGACUUUCCAUGUCCUGAAAAAUUUGCAAAACACACGCGAUUUUUAGGUCACUCGGCCCAUUUGACUAAUAUUCGAUUUACAAGUGGGGAUAAAUACGUUGUCAGCGCUGGAGGGGAUGACUGCAGCUUAUUUAUCUGGAAAUGUGUGCAUAUGCUUCAUUAAGAGAGACAUGGAGCCUUUCCAAAGAGGACACUGCGGAAAAUUACAGGCAUGAAAGACCCAUGAGAGCAAUGAGACAUUCUACAGUGCCCUGCAUGCUUACGAAAUGGUGCUGAUCUAAGACAGACUACAAUCUGUCUCUGAAAGACAAGUGUCUAGAGUCUAUCAGAAGAAUAGACUAUAACAAAUAUGCUGCGCCCCCUAGAUUUGCUACAGUAUUAGAUAAUCCAUGUAUGGAUUCCAUUCACUGCCAGACGUUGAAAAAGAAACACAUGGAUAAAAGGAAGAAGUGAGUUGUGGAUCAAUGUACAGUUUCCCAAUAAGAUAAUGAGGUUUUAAUCAAGAGAUGUUAUUUCUGACCUAAUGCUGUAUGUUGAUGCAUUUAUUAUCAGCACGAAUGUGUUUCCUUUAAAUUCUGGGGAUUGAAUAUCAUUGAAACAGAUUACUCC